UGUAUUUCACUUUCACUGUUGUUUGUUGCUCGUUGAAGCAGAAGCAAAAAAAUAAAGAUUUGUUCUCCUUUUUAAUAAUGGAGUUGAAAUAUUGUUGACUUGUAAAGCAACGCUGCUUCCAUCUCUUCCGCCCUCUGUUUCUCUCUCUAAAACUCUAGCAGUAUUUUAGUAAAAGUUAGCAUUAGGGCAGAUGGGAAGGACGAUUCAGGUGUCUGGCUUCCCUGGCCUUGUUCCUGCCGAAAGGAUCAAAAUGUUGUUGGAGCAGCCAUACUUACGCAGUAUUGUGGGUACUAUAUUUGCCAUACAAGUAAAAAGUGGGAAACCUGGACGAGCUUAUGCUGUAGUCCAAUUUACGGAUAGCCUAGAUGAUGAGAAAUUAAUGUAUCUCAAAAAUUAUCGCCUAAGGUGUAAUACUUAUUAUUUGAAAUUUUGGGAACAAAAAACUGACAUUGUGCCAAAUCCUAGAACAUAUGACAAUGUUGUGGAGGGUGUAACUCUGAAUUUAGGAUGCCAGAUAUCAGAAGAUGAGUUUUCAGUGUUGUGGAAAGCUUCUGAUGUUUCUAUUAAAUUCGGAACUGGGCUAAAGAACAUGCACUUAUUUUUGUGUCAUGAAUCAGUUGAAUACAGGCUUCAGCUCUACUAUGACAAUAUAUGGCAGAUUGUGCUGUAUAAUUCAGGCGGUCAAGCUGCCCAGGUGCUUCUCAUACAGUUAUAUGGAGCACCGCGAAUACACAAAAAGCUUCCAGACUCUGUGUAUAGCUAUUUUCAGCAAACUCCAGAUGAUCAAUGGGUCCGAACAACAGAUUUUACUCCAUCAUCGUGUAUUGGACAAUCUUCCGGCAUGUGUCUCCAGUUUCCUUCUGGCAUCAAACUUCCAGAGUUUGAAAGACACUUUGUAUAUUACAAAGAAAGUAAAAAGCCAUUCUUCUUGGAAAAUGGAGUGCCAUUUUGUGAAAAUCUGGAUCUAGUACCGAUUAUGCAACCUCGAGGUCUUGAAUUGCCAUAUAGACUAUUAUUCAAGGUUUGCUGUUUGGUACAAACUGGAUGUCUUCCAGGGCCGAAGCUAGAUGACAAUUUCUAUCGGUUGCUAAAUCCAAAAUCAUUUGAUAUUACAUACCUAGAGCAACUUUUGGAAAAGCUUUAUUAUUUGAAGGAGUGCUGCUAUGAUCCUCACUCAUGGCUUAUCGAGCAGCAUCAGAACUACUGCACCUUCAAGAAACCGAAACCUCCUGCUGUGAAUGAUGACCUGGUGCAUAUUCACAGGGUCCAAGUCACUCCAACCAAAGUGUAUUUCCAUGGUCCAGAAGCAAAUGUAUCAAAUCGUGUGUUACGCAACUUCCAUGAUCACAUUGACAAUUUUCUUCGUGUUUCCUUUGUGGAAGAGGACUGGAGUAAGAUGUAUGCAUCUGAUUUAUCACCAAGGGGAGCUGGUGGGGAUGAGAGCACAAGAACGAAGCUGUAUGAGAGGGUACUUUCAACACUGAGGAAUGGCAUCACAAUUGGGAGCAAGAAAUUCGAGUUCCUUGCAUUUUCCUCAAGUCAGUUACGGGAGAAUUCCCUUUGGAUGUUUGCUCCAGUGGAUGGCUUAAAUGCUGAUGAUAUAAGGCGCUGGAUGGGCGACUUCAGUUCCAUUCGAAACGUGGCAAAAUAUGCAGCAAGGCUUGGCCAGUCCUUUGGUUCGUCCACAGAAACACUGAGUGUUGCUCAGAAUGAGGUUGAAAAAAUCCCCGAUGUUGAGGUUGUAACAAAUGGAACCACAUAUAUCUUUUCUGAUGGGAUUGGAAAGAUAUCAGUCGACUUUGCACGAAGAGUUGCUAUAAAAUGUGGACUCAAAAGCAAUAUCCCAUCUGCCUUCCAGAUAAGGUAUGGUGGCUACAAAGGAGUUGUGGCAAUUGAUCCCACUUCAUCUGUGAAGAUGUCGUUGAGACCGAGCAUGUUGAAGUAUCAAUCAGAUGAUACAAAACUAAACGUUCUAGGAUGGAGCAAAUAUCAACCCUGCUUCUUGAAUCGCCAAAUCAUCACACUCUUAUCCACUCUGGGGGUCAUGGAUCAUGUCUUUGAGAAGAAGCAAAGGGAAGCAGUAGCUCAGCUGAACGAUAUUUUAGUUGAUCCACUGAAGGCUCUGGAAGCUUUGGAUCUCAUGUCACUAGGAGAAAACACUUACAUCUUAAAGGAAAUGUUGAAAUGUGGGUAUAAACCCGAUGAAGAGCCAUUUCUUGCAAUGAUGCUGCAAACUUUCCGCUCAUCACAACUACUGGAUUUACGGACAAAAUCCAGAAUAUUCAUCCCACAAGCUAGAAAUAUGAUGGGAUGUCUCGAUGAAACUGGCACCUUAGAAUACGGACAAGUGUUUGUGCAAUUUUCUGGUGCCGGGCAGAGGAGGUUCUAUGAGGAAUCCAUUAAGUUUGAUGAGUAUACAUCUACGGAUCAUAAUUACAUCGUCAAAGGAAAGGUGGCUGUGGCUAAGAACCCAUGCUUGCACCCGGGUGAUCUUCGGGUUCUAGAAGCUAUUGACGUCCCAGCGUUGCAUCACAUGGUGAACUGCAUAGUUUUCCCUCAGAAGGGAACGAGACCACAUCCAAAUGAAUGUUCUGGGAGUGAUUUGGAUGGAGAUAUAUAUAUUGUUUGUUGGGACCCUGACUUGAUUCCACCAAAACAAUUCGAUCCUAUGGAUUACAAUCCUGCCCCAGCCACACGGCUCGAUCAUGAGGUUACAAUUCAGGAGGUCCAAGAAUACUUUACCAACUACAUUUUGAACGAGAGUUUAGGAAUCAUUGCCAAUGCCCACACUGUUUUUGCUGACAAGGAGCCAUCCAUGGCCUUGAGCAGUCCUUGUUUAGAACUAGCUCAGUUACAUUCAGUGGCAGUCGACUUCCCCAAAACCGGCGUUCCUGCACAGAUCCCUCCUAAACUACGUGUAAAAGAAUACCCCGAUUUCAUGGAGAAGCUUGACAAGCCCACCUUCGAAUCCACUGGUGUGAUAGGUAAGCUCUUCAGGGAGGUGAAGCAUGUCACCACCGACACAACUUCCUUAAGGUUCACAAAAGAAGUGGCUAGAAGCUCUUACGAUGCUGACAUGGAAGUCGAUGGUUUCAGAGACUACAUUAAGGAAGCAUUCGAGUGCAAAACCAACUAUGAUCGUAAACUGGGAAACCUGAUGGACUACUACGGCAUCAAAACUGAGGGUGAGAUAUUGAGCAGAGCUAUUAUGAAGGUGUCGAAAACCUUUGAUCGCAGAAAGAGUGCUGAAGCGAUUGGUGCUGCAGUGAAGUCUCUGAGGAAUGAAGCCAGAUCAUGGUUCAAGAAAGGAAGCAAAUCGGGCAAUCCGUAUGCAAUGGCUUCGGCUUGGUAUCACGUGACUUAUCAUCACGAUUUUUGGGGUCAUUACAACAAGGAUAUGAAGAAGAGGAAUCACUACAUCAGUUUUCCAUGGUGUGUGUACGACAAGCUUGUCCAGAUCAAGAAUGAGAAUGCAAGAAAAUAUCACCCAACAAGCAGCUCAGAUCAAGUAGGAAUCAGGAAGGAGAAUGCAAGAAAAAAACACUCAAAAAGCAGCUCAGACCAAGGAGUCGAGAAGGAGAACGCAAGAAAAGAUCGUUCAAAAAGCAGUUCAGGUCAAGAAAAGAUGAACAAGGAGAAUGCUGCAAGUAAAGUUCACUCAGAAAGUAGUUCAGAUCAAGGAGGAUGCAAGGACAAUAUGGAUGAAAAGGCAGUUCAAAGGUCUGACAUUGAAAUGAGUAGUUUGAGAUGAAAUUUGCCAUGUAUAUUUAGUUCAAAACUUAAAGCAUUUGGUUCUGAACAUAUCUAAACUAGGCUUCUAUUUUGUGUCUUGUUAUCUCAUCUAGAGAUACUGAGUUCGAAUGCAGUGAGAUUGUGAACAUUCUGAUUUCUUAGUUUGGAUGAGUUGGAAGAGAUGGAUGAUGAAUCUCAGAGACAAGUUCAAACCAAAAAACGGUUUGAAAAAGCGUGAAGAAGCACAAGUUUUCUUUC